UGUUCUGGAAACUUUACUGAGAUUUCUGGGUGCAAAAACUGUUGUUCCUGGAUCGUCUUUUCUGCCAUGGCUUCUCGGAAGGCCUGGGCACUAGGCCUCUUUCUCAUCCUGCUGUGCUCAUUUCAGCUCCCCAGAGCACAAGGAGAGGAGCAGCAGCAGCACCAUGAUCACCACCAUCACCUUGGAGAUGUACAGCAUCAUGCCGACCACCAUGAGGCUGAACACCAUCAUCACAAGGAACACCAUCAGCAUGAUGAUGACGACGACGACGACCACGCUACUCACCAUCAUGAAGCAGAACAUCAUCAAGGAAGUCACCCUCCUCCUCACGAUGAUGGUGAUGAUGAUGACGACGACGAUGAUCAUCAUCAUCACCAUAAUGAACUUCAUCAUGGAGAUCACCAUCACCAUCCCAGUGACCACCAUGAUGAUGACAACGAUGAUGAUGACCAUGAAAAGCACCACCAUGAACAUCACGACAGUCAUCACCAUGAUGAUGACGAUGACGAUGAAGAAAGUAAACACCACCAUGACCAUCAUGAACACCAUGGUGACCACCAUCACCAUCAUGAUGAUGCUGAUGACAAACACCAACAUCCGGAACAUCAUGGUGACCACCAUCAUCAUCCCCACGACAAUGAUGAUGAUGAUGAUGAUGAUGAUGACAACGACGACGAAGUACACCACCAUCACGACCACCACCAUGAACAUCAUGAUGAUGAUGACGACGAUGACGAUGAUCAACACCAUCAUCAUAAGCCUCAUAGUGACCACCACCAUGAUGACGAUGAUGAUGAUGAUGAUGAUGAAGAGCAUCAUGCUCAUAAACAUCAUGGUGACCACCACAAUGAUGAUGAUGAUGACGAUAAAGACCAUCAUAAGCACCACAGUGACCACCAUCACCAUGGCCACCAUGAUGAUGAUGACGACGAUGAUGACGACGAUGAACAUCACCACCACCCUCAUGCACAUCAUGGUAGCCAUCACCACCAACAUGGUGAUGAUGACGACGAUGAUGAUGAUGAUGAACAUGAACAUCAUCACCACCCUCAUGGACAUCAUGGUAACCAUCAUCACCACCACAGUCAUGAUGACGACGACGAUGACGAUGAUGACGAUGAUGAACAUGAACAUCAUCACCACCCUCAUGGACAUCAUGGUAACCACCAUCACCACCACAGUCAUGAUGAUGAUGACGAUGACGACGAUGAUGACGAACACCACCACCAUAAACAUCACAGUAAACACCGUCAUCAAAAAAAGGAUGACGAUGAUGAUGAUGACGAUGACGACGACGAUGACGAAAAAUCCCAUGGGCACCAUCACCAUGGUCAUCAUCACCAUAAAAAAAAUAAUAAUAAGGACAAAAAGCACCACCAUCAUCGCCGUGCUGAUAAGGAUGAUGAAGACGACGACGAUGAUGAUAAGGAGGAGGAAAGGCAUAAGGAAAAGCAUCGCAAACAUGAAGCUCGUGAGAAAGUUAAGAAGCACCACAAAGGCAAAAAAGAUAAUGAUGACGACAACGAUGACUAUGAAGUGGGCUCCCUCUGCCACUACUGCGCCUUCUGCAAGCAUUGUGAUGAAUGUGAGAAGUGCCCCUGUAAAGAAGGAGACCGCAGAGAAUUUUGUGGAAGCUGCCAGUACUGCCAUUACUGUUAUGUUUGCCCCGUUUGUGAGACAGCCUGUACACCUGGGAGCAUUGUAGAUGAGUUAUCAGGAGCAUUAUUUCAGACAUUUGCCACCAUCUUUGAGCGGCAGGAGCACUGAAGCAUCCCCUGGUGAAGAGGCCAUAAGGGGUGGGUGGGAGCAGGAGACCCUUGACCUUUAGGGCCAAACCACACGUGGUGAACCGUUUUGUAAUUCUCCC